AAACGUCGUUUCUGCGUGUUAGCGUCAGAUUGAAGUCAUGCAAGUUACUCUUAGGCAGAUUUUCAAAACAAAGGAAUACUAAAGUUACUCUGGUUGCUGGCUGAGUUUACCCAGGAGGAUCUGAGCAACAGCGGCAUUUGGGGAUCUGUGAAGUUUGUCAAGGUUCUCCUCCUCCUCCUCCAACAGAUCCCUGGAUGCCCCGCGGUGCACCGUUCUCAGCCGGCCACUGCUUUACAAUGGCCGGGAGUUGACCCUACCAACCAGGAUGACGCUGCGUGAGCGGCUGAGGGAGAGGAUCUCAGCGGCCUUCUACCGCCAUGGGCUGCUAUGUGCCUCCUACCCAGUACCCAUCAUCCUCUUCACCUCUGUCAGCAUCCUCACUUGCUGCUAUCCGUUAUUAAGGCUUCCCCUGCCUGGAACAGGUCCUGUGGAGUUCACCACAUGGGUGCGAGACUAUAGUGUCCCCUCCCAUGAGCCUCAGGGAGACCUCGGAGAACAGCCCGACUGGUACCGGGGUCCUCCAGUGGCCUACAUCCAACAGGUGUUGGUGAAGGCGGCGGUGUCUCCGUGGGACAGCAGCCUGGUGCCAGUGGAUGUUUUUAGGUCACCACUGGGCCGAGUCUUUAGCCUGCUGGAGGAGAUCCACAACCAUGUGCACUCUGAUAGCUUCGGAGUUCGCAGUCUGGAGACGUUAUGUCUCCAGGUGACAGGCUUGUUUCCAGGGUUACGGCGGAUGCAGUCGGUGCUACCAGAGCACGGCUGCCUGCUCGUCUCUCCUGGCAACUACUGGCAGAACCAGCAGGAGUUGUUCAACUCAGACCCCGACCUCCUUAAGACCAUCCAGAAACAUGAACCCAAAGGCCUGCACACCUCAGCCACACUGCGAGACCUGCUGUUUGGCGUCCCUGGGAAGUACACAGGGGUCAGUCACUACAACAAGAAGAGGGUGGUGACAUACACAAUCACUGUAGUGCUGGCCAGCUACGAUGCAAAGUUCCUGGGAAGCCUGCGGGCUCAUCUGACACAGCUCCACCCAUCAGCCAACUGCAGCCUGAGAGACGACCACAUGGUUCAUGUCCACUUCAAGGAGGAGAUCGGCAUCGCAGAGCUCAUCCCCCUCGUCACCACAUACAUCAUCCUAUUUGCCUACAUCUACUUCUCCACACGUAAGAUUGACAUGGUGAAGUCCAAGUGGGGCCUGGCUCUGGCUGCAGUGGUCACUGUCCUCAGCUCUCUGCUCAUGUCUGUGGGGCUGUGUACACUGUUCGGACUGACACCCACACUCAAUGGAGGUGAGAUUUUUCCUUACCUGGUGGUGGUGAUUGGCCUGGAGAACGUCCUAGUCCUCACCAAGUCUGUGGUGUCCACCCCCGUCGACCUCGAGGUCAAACUACGCAUCGCUCAGGGCCUUAGUAAUGAGAGCUGGUCUAUCAUGAAGAACAUGGCCACUGAACUGUGCAUAAUCCUCAUUGGAUAUUUCACUCUGGUCCCAGCUAUCCAGGAGUUCUGUCUGUUUGCUGUUGUGGGGCUGGUGUCUGACUUCUUCCUGCAGAUGUUCUUCUUCACCACAGUACUAUCUAUAGACAUCCGUCGCAUGGAGCUGGCUGACUUGAAAUUGCCGGCUGAAGCAGGGCUACCUCCGCCCAAGCCAGGCACGCUGCGUCCACGUGAGGUCCCCCCACCCCCGAGGCCCUCCCCCCACACCAUCACCCUGCAGCCCCCAGCUUUCAGGAACCUGAGGCUCCCCAAGAGGCUGCGUGUGGUGUACUUCUUGGCCCGUACACGCCUAGCGCAGCGCAUCAUCAUGGCUGGCACAGUGAUCUGGAUCGGCAUCCUGGUCUAUACUGACCCAGCCGGAAUUCGCAUCUACCUGGCUGCUCAGGUGUCUGAGCAAAGCCCUUUGGGAGAUCCUGGAGCGGGUGGUCUGCCCCCUCACCUGGGUGUGGCUCCCGUCUUCCGUGCUGGAGAUCCUACCAGCACCCUCGACAUCCACCCUGCACCAAAUCCAACACCCUUACCUGAGAACCAAUCACAGGGCCACCAUGGCUCAGCCAGGGCAGGACACCUUCCCCAGGUCCCGCCCGCUGUGCCUCAGAUUACCUGGGGGUCGGAGGACGAGGAGGUUUGGAGGAGGCUCUCCUACAGACACUGGCCAUCACUCUUCAGCUACUACAACAUAACUUUAGCUAAGAGGUACAUCAGCAUCUUACCCGUCAUUCCUGUCACUGUGCACCUGAGUCCCCAGGAGGCCAUUGAGACGCGCCACCCUCAGGACACAAGACACCCUCCGCCACCCAUCGUCAAAGUCUCUGCAGAUAUACAGACGGACCUGACGCUCUAUAAGGUGGCAGCUCUGGGCCUGGCGGCAGGUGUCCUGUUGGUUCUGCUCCUCUUCUGUCUAUACCGGGUUCUCUGCCCACGUAACUACGGACAGAACGGUGUCACUCAUGGUCGCCGGCGCCGAGGUGACCUGCCCUGCGACGAUUAUGGUUACUCACCUCCUGUCAGCGAGAUCUCACCACUGCUGCUGAGGGGUCACAGUAUGGACAUUGAGUGUUUGGCGAGUGACGGGAUGCUGCUGGCUAGCUGUUGUCUGGCAGGACAGAUCCGAGUUUGGGAUGCCCAGACGGGGGACUGUCUGACCGUCAUCCCAAGCCAGGGGCUGAGACGGAGCAGCAGCAGUGGCUGUUGGGAGCAGCGGGACGGCUGGGACAGCAUGAGUGGAGCCGCAGAGCCAGAAGGUUUAGGCUCAGAAGGUCAUGACCUCUCAAUCAGUGACGACGGCCUCUCAGAGGACAAGGGCUACCCACUGAGGCAUCGUGCCACCCCUGCCAGGCCGACACUGUUCACCGAUCAGCCUGAUCUUACCCCGCUCAUUGACACCAACUUCACCUCCCAGCCCCCCUCCCAUGUCUCCACCCCACUCAGAGAAGGGUUUGACUUUGGAGGCCUGGUGGAGCGCGCUUACUUGGAGCACGACCCCCCCUCACCCUCCACCUACCCCUCACCUUCCUCAGCCUCCUCCUCACCGCCCUCAGGAGCUCAGCUGCAGAGGAGACCCAGCCUAGGGGAUGCAGCUGCCCCCUUAACCCAAGAGAGGGCCUCCACAGCAGGGAUGCAGGUGACAGCAGACUGGGAGAGCUCCGUCUGGUCCAUGGAGCUGAGAGGGAAUCUAAUAGCUGCUGGAAGGAGCAGCGGUAAACUAGAGCUGUGGGAUGCAGUGGAAGGGACGUUACGUUGCAGUAACGAGGAUGGAGUCACUGGGAUCACAGCCCUGGCCUUCCUCAAUAACAGAAUCGUAGCGGCUCGGCUGAACGGGGCUUUAGAUUUCUUCACUGUUGAGAUAAACAAACCUCUGGGUCUGCUGCAGUACAGAGGUGCCCCUGGCCGAGGCAGCAUGCCUCCUUCGCCCUGCUACAGCAGUGAGGAUGUAAUCAGCUGUCAGCUCAUACGCUCAGUACAGUGCGCUCACCAGAAGCCAAUCACAGUACUGCGAGCGGCCGCCGGGAGAGUCGUCACCGGCAGCCAGGACCACACUGUCCGGGUAACAUACUGAAGACUUGAUGUUUUCAUCCACAAUUUAUACAAGGAAAAAGUAUCGCAUUCAUGAUUUUCAGUCGAAGUACUACAGUCAGUAAGGAUGUCAAGAGCUGAAUAAGAGGUUUGACAUUAGAUUUUUUUCUGACAGCAGAGGGUGCAGCUGCCUCAGUGUAUUGGUGUUAAUGCCAAAUGUAGUAAAUUUAACAGACACAGAAUAUUACACAAGAAAAACAGAUGUGAGGUAGACAGCACUCAGAGUGCAAACCUCCCUGAAGGGCAACUCACUUUCCCCAUAAUGCCAUAAAAGCAACGUUCUCAUUAUAGUUUGCAUGACAGUAAAAACCUUCUGCUGGCAUUUGUAGUGGCACUGAUAUCGACAGACGAGCGAUUACUAAAGGCCACAAACAGCUAAAUAAAUGUCCCAUGCAGACUGAAAUAACUGUGUGUACAAACAGUCCUUCAUAGACACACACAUCUCACACCGCUUAACUACACCUAAGUCCACUUUAGAGUCUGUUUUCCAACGUGCCUUCUGCUGUACUCAUUCACACAUGCCGUACAGAGACAACGUAGCUGG